UCGUCGCGUUGAAAGCUAUACUAUCGGGUCGCACUCAAAUAUUUACGUUUCGGUUUCCGUCAGACUUUGGAAAUUACACUUGGAAAGUCGGAAAAUCUGUUCCACUUAAUUACUAUAUCCGGUUUAGAGAAUGGUUAAAGAAAUUCGUCAUCUAAAGACAGGUGACCCGGAACCAACUUUUCCCAGCGAUGGCAAACUUCAAUUGCUUUCAAUGCGCUUCUGCCCAUACGCACAGCGAACACACAUUAUUCUAGAAGCGAAACGAAUUCCAUAUCACACAUAUAACAUUGACUUGACCAACAAACCGGAAUGGUUAACCAAAUAUAGUCUACUCGGUAAAGUACCAGCUCUGGGUGUACCUACUGAACGCGGACUAUCAUUCAUCCACGAAUCAAUGGUUAUUGCCGAUUAUCUGGACGAAAAAUAUCCGGAAAAAUUGCUGUAUCCCAAAGAUCCAUUUGCAAAGGCGGUAGAUCGAUUGUUGAUUGAACGUUUUAGCAUUGUGUCGAAUGCUUUUUAUAAGAUUGGAGUUAGGGGUGACAUCGAUGGGAAAGUUGAAUUAUCGAACGGAUUGGACGAGUUUGAAACUGAAUUGAAGAAACGUGGUACAUCGUUCUUUGGUGGUAAAGAGCCUGGUAUGUUGGAUUAUAUGAUUUGGCCGUGGAUGGAACGUCUUGUCCUGUUGAAAUAUGGUAAAGAUAUUCAGUAUGAAAUUGAUGAGGAAAGGUUUGCUGCUCUGAUUGAGUGGAGUAGAAAAAUGAUUGAUGACUAUGCCGUCAAGGUUCACUACAUCACGGCUGAUAUACAUCGUCAAUUUGUGGACGGAUUUAAGUCUAAAAACAUCGAUUACGACAUACUACUCACGUAAUACUUAGAAAUGAUUGUUAUUUGUUGAAGAUAGAAGCAGAUUAAAAUUUGGUUCUCCUUUUUCCAGUAAAUCAAAAAUGUAGUGCGAGAUUUUUCUAAUUCUUUGAAAUGCUCCGUUACGACAAUAAAGAAGGAAAAAACUGGAA